GUGUGUGUGCUUGAGAUGCCCUAAGUCAUCCUAGCAUACGCUUAGUCCAAGCGGGAUGUAUACGAUGCAAAACAUGUUCUUCCAACAUGCAUCAAUGAAACACCGUUAGCAUCGCAGUGCAGUUGCAUUUUAUUGACAUUGUCAGAUAUCGAGAGGGAUUUUCUUUUAUUGUCUCUCAGACCUCACAUACACCAUUCGGUGGGAUUUGUUACUACCGAGGAGAUCCAGACCACUGGCCAAAGGGAUUCUGGUCUGGUCUAUCUUUUUUGUGUCUAGCUAUUUCUUUUAUACCGUAUCUAUUUGUAAACUAAACAUGGCGAGCGACUCACCGGCUCGAAGUCUGGAUGAAAUAGACCUCUCUGCACUGAGGGAUCCUGCUGGGAUAUUUGAGCUGGUGGAGCUGGUGGGAAAUGGGACAUACGGACAGGUGUACAAGGGCCGCCAUGUCAAGACAGGCCAGCUCGCCGCCAUCAAGGUCAUGGAUGUCACUGGGGAUGAAGAGGAGGAGAUCAAACAGGAGAUUAACAUGCUGAAGAAGUACUCUCACCACUCCAACAUCGCCACCUACUACGGCGCUUUCAUCAAGAAGAACCCCCCGGGAAUCGACGACCAGCUCUGGCUGGUGAUGGAGUUCUGUGGCGCUGGCUCGGUGACAGAUCUGAUCAAGAACACCAAGGGGAACUCACUGAAGGAGGAGUGGACGGCCUACAUCUGCCGGGAGAUACUCAAGGGUCUGACGCACCUCCACCAUCACAAAGUUAUCCACCGGGACAUCAAGGGCCAGAAUGUCCUGCUUACAGAAAAUGCAGAAGUCAAAUUAGUGGAUUUUGGGGUGAGCGCCCAGCUGGACCGCACCGUCGGCCGCAGGAACACGUUCAUCGGCACGCCGUACUGGAUGGCGCCCGAAGUCAUCGCCUGCGACGAAAACCCAGAUGCCACGUACGACUUCAAGAGUGAUCUGUGGUCCUUGGGAAUCACUGCCAUUGAAAUGGCCGAAGGAGCCCCACCCCUCUGUGAUAUGCAUCCAAUGAGGGCCCUGUUUCUGAUCCCCCGAAACCCAGCGCCCAGACUAAAGUCCAAGAAAUGGUCCAAGAAGUUCCAGUCCUUCAUCGAGAGCUGCCUCGUGAAGAACCAUGGACAGAGGCCCAGCACCGAGCAGCUCCUCAAACACCCCUUCAUCCGGGACCAGACCAAUGACAGGCAGGUCCGCAUCCAGCUCAAGGACCACAUCGACCGCACCAAGAAGAGGAGGGGGGAGAAGGAUGAGACCGAGUACGAGUACAGCGGAAGUGAGGAAGAGGACGAGAGGGGCGAUGUUGGGGAGCCCAGUUCCCUGAUCAACAUCCCUGGGGAGUCCACCCUGAGGCGGGACUUCCUGCGCCUGCAGCUGGCCAAUAAGGAGCGGUCGGAGGCGCUGCGCAGACAGCAGCUGGAGCAGCAGCAGAACGAGGAGCACAAGCGCCAACUGCUGGCCGAGAGGCAGAAGCGCAUCGAGGAGCAGAAGGAGCAGAGGAGGCGGCUGGAGGAGCAACAGCGACGGGAGCGGGAGCUGAGGAAGCAGCAGGAGCGGGAGCAGCGCCGGCGGUAUGAAGAGAUGGAGCAGCUCAGGAGGGAGGAGGAGAGGAGGCAGGCCGAACGAGAGCAGGAGUAUAUCAGGCGGCAGUUGGAGGAGGAGCAGAGGCAGUUAGAGAUCCUGCAGCAGCAGCUCCUCCAGGAGCAGGCUCUCCUUCUGGAGUACAAGCGGAAGCAGCUGGAGGAGCAGAGGCAGGCGGAGCGGCUCCAGAGACAGCUCCAGCAGGAGCGGGCAUACCUGGUGUCUCUCCAGCAGCAACAGCAGCAGCAGCAGCAGCAACAGCAGCAGGACUGUCGUCCGACAGACAAGAAGCAGCUGUACCACUACAAGGACGCUGUCAACCCCAAUGACAAGCCGGCCUGGGCCAAGGAGGUGACGGGGCAGCCCCAAAGUAACCCCCCUCGCCCUUCGCUGCCGAAGCACCACUCCUUCCAGGAGCCCAGACAGGCCCCCCCAUCCCAGCUCUCCCCCUGCCAGCCUGCCCGUCUCAGGGCCCUCUCCCAGCCCAUUAAAUUUCCUUCCGCCAACAGGCCACCCCUGCCAGACAACAUCCCAAAAAUACACGUCUCCACCGAGGUGCAAGAUCUGGCCCGCAAGAUCAACGACCACGUCCUAGAGUUGAAGGCCCAGCGGGCCAAGGCCGAAUCGGUGGAGGAGCGUUCCAAACUGAACCGGCAGAGCUCCCCGGCGCUCCAGCUCAAAGUUGCCAACCGGAUAUCGGACCCGUCCCUACCGCCCCGGUCCGAGUCUUUCAGCAGCGGCGGGAUCCAGCCAGCCCGCACCCCGCCCAUGCAUCGUCCUGUGGAGCCACAGAUGGCUCAUCUGGUCCCAGUGAAAUCUCACAGCCCCUCCAUGUCAGGGUCCCAGUCCCUCCAUGACCAGUCCGCCAAGGGCGUGUCUGCCUUCCAGGAGGGCCUGGUGUCCCAUCGGCCGGAGAUGCCGCGGCAAAACUCGGAUCCCACCUCAGAGACGCCCACACCGCCCCCCCGCGUGACCAGCCGCGAGGAGAAGUUUGAGCGCAGCUCCUGGCUGAGACAGGAGGAUGACAUUCCUCCCAAGGUACCCCAGCGGACCACCUCCAUCUCCCCAGCCCUAGUGAGGAAGAACUCUCCCGGGAAUGGUGGAGGCUUGGGGGCCAUGCUAGGCCCCCAGCUCAUCCGGGCCAGUAACCCGGACCUACGGAAGACUGAGGUCUCCAUGGAGACGGCGCUCCAGAGGACGAGCAGCGGAGGGUCCUCCAGCUCCAGCACGCCCAGCUCCCAAGGGGGGUCCCAGCCCAGCUCACACGCGGGGUCUAGUGAGAGGACACGGGUCCGAGGUGAGGCACCUCAAACCCAUCACCACUGGCAACAACCAGCCUGUGUGCCAGACCCCAACUCCGAGUCCGAAACUGGGUCCAGUAAGGCUGAGGGGUCCCCCACAGUGCCUCCGGAGCUCCCGAAACCCAAGCAGGAGGAGGGCAGAGAGGCCCCACGACCCAGCCGGCCUGCAAGCUAUAAGAAAGCCAUAGAUGAGGACCUGACCGCCUUAGCCAAAGAGCUGAGGGAGUUGCGGAUCGACGAGACGAACCGGCCGCCCAUCAAGGUGACGGACUACUCCUCCUCCAGCGAUGAGUCGGAGAGCAGCGAGGACGACGACGGCGAGAAUGAGGCGCAGGACGGCACGGUGCCCGUCAGCGACAUCCCGCGAAUCAUGCCCUCUAUCCAGGGGGGCAACGAGUCGUAUGGCUUGAUAGGUAGCCAUGACGACUCCCCCGGCGACUCGUAUGGGAAGGGAUCCAAGGACGGCACCCUGAUGAUGAGAGAGGGGCUCUCUGAGAGAAAGCGCUCUGGCCAUUCAGAGAGCAACGGCUUUGCCGGGCACGGCAACCUGCCGGACCUGGUUCAGCAGAGCCAUUCCCCCUCUGGCACACCCACCGAGGGCCUGGGACGGCUCCCCAGCCUGCACACGCAGGACAUGGACUCCGAGUUUGGCAUGGGGAGUGGCUCGAAAGCUUCCUUCACACCAUUCGUAGACCCACGAGUGUACCAAACGUCUCCUACGGACGAAGAUGAUGAUGAUAACUCAGCCGCAGCCCUUUUUACCAAUGAGUUGCUGAGGCAGGAGCAAGCCAAGCUGAACGAGGCACGCAAGAUCUCAGUGGUCAACGUCAACCCCACCAACAUCCGGCCACACAGCGACACACCAGAGAUCCGCAAGUACAAGAAGCGUUUCAAUUCGGAGAUCCUCUGCGCUGCCCUCUGGGGGGUGAACCUGUUGGUGGGGACUGAAAACGGGCUGAUGCUGCUGGACCGCAGCGGUCAGGGGAAGGUCUACAACCUCAUUACCAGGAGGCGCUUCCAGCAGAUGGACGUCUUGGAGGGCCUUAAUGUCCUGGUCACCAUAUCAGGAAAGAAAAACAAACUGAGGGUGUACUACCUGUCCUGGUUACGGAACAGGAUAUUGCACAAUGACCCAGAGGUGGAGAAGAAGCAAGGCUGGAUCACUGUGGGAGAGCUGGAAGGCUGCGUCCACUACAAAGUCGUGAAAUACGAGAGAAUCAAAUUCUUGGUGAUUGCCCUGAAGAACUCGGUGGAGAUUUACGCGUGGGCGCCAAAGCCAUACCACAAAUUCAUGGCUUUCAAGUCUUUUACAGAUCUCCAACACAGACCCCAGCUGGUAGACCUGACAGUAGAGGAAGGCCAAAGGUUAAAGGUUAUCUACGGGUCCAGCAUCGGUUUUCACGUGAUUGACGUGGAUUCCGGAAACCCAUACGAUAUCUACAUCCCAUCCCAUAUUCAGAGCAAUAUCAUCCCGCACGCCAUUGUGGUGCUCCCCAAGACCGAUGGGAUGGAGAUGCUCCUGUGCUACGAAGACGAGGGGGUCUACGUGAACACGUACGGCAGAAUCACCAAAGACGUGGUGCUCCAGUGGGGGGAGAUGCCCACCUCCGUCGCUUACAUCCACUCCAACCAGAUCAUGGGGUGGGGCGAGAAGGCCAUUGAGAUCCGGUCUGUGGAGACGGGACACCUGGACGGAGUUUUUAUGCACAAGCGGGCUCAGCGCCUGAAGUUCCUCUGUGAGAGGAACGACAAGGUCUUCUUUGCCUCUGUCCGAUCCGGGGGCAGCAGUCAAGUCUUCUUUAUGACCCUCAACCGGAACUCCAUGAUGAACUGGUAACAUCCCAGGCCGACUCAUCCCAUGCGUGGUCCUUUCAACAUCAUGUAAACCUAUGGUACAAUUUAACACUGAUUAAAAAAAACAAGGAGGGAAAAAAUGAAAAUGGUACGAAAGGAGCGCUAAGGACCGCCCGGAGGGGAGGUCGCCACCCUCCACCAUCUGGAGAGCCGGGCGUCAGCCAGGUGGGAUGACACGCCAUUCUGCACUGUGGAAACGCUCCUUAGUUAGGGGAGGUUUGGGCGGAGGGGCAAGAGAGCAGCCACGCCCUUCACCAUGGGCCUGGGCUUUUCACAAGGGCUUCUGAAGAGGUGGUUCACUUUUGUUCUUUUUCGCCUCAUGGUGUCCGUUAUGGCGGCCAGGCUUCGAGAAGACAACACCUUUUCGUGGAAUUGCCCACCCGAGAUCCCACCGACUGCCCGCGAACGUGGCUGCAGUCACAAACCACAGACGCCAUCCAGUGGGACCUAAUAAAGACUGCACAACACCGCUGAUACGAUCUGUGAAAGGGCAACCUGUACUUUUUUUUGUCCCUCUUUCUCACUGAGCCUGACCUCACCAUCACCGACAUCAUAGAUGUCUUUAGACUGUUAUGGAGAUCCCAGUCAUCCAGACUGAAAUCCAUAGCCAUUACAGCCAUGGGCUCAGUGGUUUCACUCACAGCAUCACGUCUUACCAGCAAAACGUCUUUGUUUCGUUGAGAGGUAUUUUAGGUUCAGUCAUGCCCUUUGGUUUAAUGAGAGGACAGAUCAUUACCAAUGCAUAAAGGUCAACAUGGAGCCUUCGAGUUCAGUGGCUUUGGUGCUGGGUGCUCAGUCUUUGUUGUGAACAGCAGCCAGGUUGGUCACUGCUGACAGUAAUUUUGGCUAAACACCCCCCCCCCCCCCCCGUCUUCCCUAGCGUCACCAGUAGAUUUCUACUGGUCUGUACGAAAUGGUAAUUUUUAACUCUGGUUUAUAUACAGUAAACCUGCUAGAAAAUAUAAGUAACAUUCACAUCUUUUUCACAUCCUGUCAGUUUUUUCUGAAGAUUCAAUUUGUUGCCUUUAUUUUUUCUAAAAUUAGCUGUGGAUGUGGCCACCUGGUUGUUGCCGCAGCAAGAACAAAUUCUGUGUCGCUCUUCCUAUUAUUAUUAACCUACCUCGUUUUUUUUUUCUUUUCCAGGUUAAAUUGAAUCAUGCUUUGCAUUAUUUAGUAAAUGUGUGCCUCAGUUUCAUGAGAUAAUGUCACUUUAGCCAGACCCCCAUGCAUGUUAGAUGAAUUUGGGUCACUUUCAGACUAGCAAGUCAUGGAAACUGGACAACCCGAAAGUCUUGCGUAGCCUAAGGCUACCUUUUAAAGCAAGAGCCAAAAUCAGAGCUUAGGCAGGCCAAUUUUACUGUGAACAGCGUCAAUCCCUUCUUCACUGUUAAGCCUUUAAACACUGAGGGUGCUGUAUCAGUUCAACUGGAAUAAUUCUAAAACAAUUCUAAAAAUACCUGGAAUUGUCCUGAAUAAAACUUCUGCACCUUUGUGGUCUGUCAAAAUCAUUAUUUUGUGAGAAAUACUUGGUUUUCGUAGUCUCAAAAAGAAUCUGAUUUGUACAAUAUUUUGAAAGCUUAAGAGAGGUGAUGGUAUGCCUGAUUGGGAUUCUUGGAUUAUGUGACAAGGAGGUCUGCUCUGUUUUUUAUAUGGAGCGACUGAAGCCAGGAUGUCUAAUGGGACGAAUGUCCAGAUCUUGAACUUCAGAUACUUUUUGUACAGAUUCGAUAAAUGUAAAAUUCCAUUGUACAGUUUUAAGAAUAACACUUAGGUUUGGUUAUUUUAUUUUGUUCUAUUUCCACCCAUUUUCCAGUCUCCUAACAGUUAAGGAUGCUUCUUGUACAGAGUAUAGCAUGUUGUAAACAAAGAUGAGAUGGAGGCCAAUUGAUAUUCAAUUAUUAAUUCAGCUGCUUUGAGUAUUUUGUUUUAUUAUCAUUGGAUGUCAACACUGUGUUACGCCAUAUCUCUCUUCUGUGAGAUGCAGCAUUUUACUGCAAACUACUGAAAAAAUGGAGUCUCUUGAUGAGCUAAAAUGAUGUUCUCUGGUGAGAAAUUUAUGAACAAAAAUUGCCUGUGUAUUUCUCCCUAUGUGUUUGUCUUGUACUGAAUGUUACAUUUUCUUCAAUUUGUGACACUGACACAAAUCAGUUGCUUGAUUAUGGAAUUCCUUUAUGCAGAGGGGGCAGGAGGUUCAAACUGUUUUUUGUGUGUGUGUAAGGUUUCAGUUUAUUGGAAACGCAACAGAACAUUUGAUUUGUGCCUUGUAUACAAAACACUAAACAUCUACCAGUGUUUGCACCUGUGGAUAAAAAUACUCAUACAUACCCAGGAUCAAUUGGGAGGCAAUGAGGAUCCACUCUUACACCCCCUAAAAAGAUAAUGUGCAUCUACUGUAUUUAAGGCCUACAAAUCCCAGAAUCCUUUGUUGCCAAAACAAAUUGGAUUCCAUGAGACCUGCUGCCAGUGGUUUUAUUCACACCUUUGAUUUUGUCAUUGUGUAAUUCUAAAAAAAAAAAAAGAUAAGAAACCCAAGCACAGUGUUUGGUUUACAAAAGCACUCUCGUUGGACCUCCAGGGGUUUGAAAGUUCCUGAAUGCUAAAUGUAGAGAACUUCAUGGUUGUCUGAAGAUAAGUGCUGUGCCAUAACUAUGUAUCAUGAUUUUUAUUAAUUUUAGGGGGUUCUGCAUAGUUUUAUUUCCUGUCGCCAUUUGUAGUAACAGUUUUGGAGGGGAAAAUAAUUUUAAUGCUAAUAGAGGCAUUUUAUGAUGGGUCACUGGUAAUGUUUGCACAGUAUAGAUAUUUAUAUUUGAGGCAUAAAUAAAUAAAUAAACAAAUUAAUACAGAUAUUGUUCUCUCGGGGAAGGGAGGGUGCGGGCGGGUUGGAGCUUCAAAACAGGGUUUUAGCAAUAAAUUGUACUGCUGAAUGAAUUGAUUUAUUUGUUUGUUUUUUGUCCUGGUGGGAAUACUAUGUCAGUCAGAGAAAGCCAGUGGAGAAAAUCAAGGGGCACUUCAAAAUCCACUGCCGUGUGGCAAUGAUACUUUUACGAAGACAACGCAGGCUUUAAAGUAGAACAUGGUCAAUGGCUGUAGCUUACUUUGCACUUGGACUCUCAUCUCUUUUGACUUCCAAGUGGUGUCACAAUUUGUUUUCAGAUGACAAGCAUUAGUAUUGUCCUGUUUUUGUUUUGUUUUAAAAAAAAUAAUAAUAAAAAACUGCUGUAGUACCUGAA